AACGCGGAUGCCAAGACGUUGGACGACUCUCGUAUUGCAUCGGGAGAACGGAGUUGGUUUACGCACGGUGGUAGUUCAAUCCGAACGAGCGCGGCGUGCGUUUCUAAUAAUCGCACAGGCGCGAUUCUCCGAUAGUAUCACGCUCGAUUUAUCCGAACGUGACGCUAUCAGGAUCGCGAAUCCGCGAAGCCGGGGAUCGGCCGUCUGAAGCAUUCGGUUUUGUAACAGAUUCCUGUGAAUCAAUAUCGUCGCGCGAACGUAACUCCCACGAUACCUCGACGACGGCUCGUUACGACGAAUUGAGCGGCUAAUUGCCGCAGCUGUCCGAUCCGCGAUUUCUAAUAGUUAGCCGCUUAAUUUGCCCGGCAAAGAAAAAAGAAGAAAGACGCUUCGUUGCGCGCGAGCUCGCAUUACCUUAUUUCGCGACGUGCAUCGUUACGCGUAACGCGGAAAGUGUCCCGAUCUGGGACAGUCCGGGUACCCCACCCGCGAUCCGGCGAUCUAUCGAUCCCGAUGGCCUCCGGCCUCUCUCCCUCUUUUUUUGCCUCACCUCCGCCUGUUCUCUCGGUACCUUCCCUUUCGGUCUUUGGUCCUCGCUGCCAUCCGGUCGAGACCGGCAGGGUUUACUAGAGAGCACGCGUCCUCCAGAAACUUCAGUGUAAAACGCGCGCUCGAACUCGAAGGAUCCACUAGGAUUCCUCCACUUUGACAGAGACGAGACAGACGACAGUACUUCGAGGGUGCGAGGGCAGGAGAAGAACCCAGUUAACUCAUGCACGAUACCCGAUGCGACAUUCAAUAAUUCGAGUGUGAUCUCCUUGCAUCUUUAAUACCGAUUCGGCUGUGAUCCGUCGCGAUUUCGGUGUUCCCGUAAAAAAUGUGGGGUCGUAGUAUUCUCCUAGUGUCAUUCGCACUCGUAGCGUUCGCAACGGCAAAAUGUCCGAAGAGGAAAACGUCACCUGUCAGAGAAAUUCUCUGCUAUACUUCCACCUUCGACGCGCAGCUUCUGGCCGGCUCCGUGUGCGGCUGUACCACUCUGGUGCAUCAAAAUCAUGACGUGCGGAAUCUCUCGAUUUCCGACAUUUCUGAUUUGCGGAAGUCUUUGAAAGAGAUGCAUCCGCCACUUCAAUUUGUAAUUUCUAUACACGAUCCCGAGAUGAUGCUUAGAAAUUCCGCCAUGAUACGACAGGAAGCUAUCGCUCGGAUUAUUGCCGUUAUGAAAGAGGUGGACGGCGUGGAGAUGAACGUGACGGCGGGUUCGAAGGAGCGCCUGUAUAAUUUUAUCAAGAGCCUGAAAGACGAGAUGAUCCGAAAAUCUUACGACAAGAGGAUUUUCAUAGCUUUGCCUAGUAAAUCUGAGGAUUUAGCCAAGCAGUUCAAUAUUAAGGAACUAGUAAAGUAUACCGAUCUGUUUACGUUGCCCACGGAUUAUUUGACGGACGAAGACGGAGCCUUCGUCACCUUUCACCCUUCGCGUCUGAUGGGACUUUUCGACAUGCUGAACACAGACAGCUUGGUAGACUUGAUAAGUGGAUUAGGAGCACCCAAGCAGAAGAUCUUGAUGACCUUGCCAGCCAGUGCGUACAAAUUCACUUUGAAGAAUGAGAACGAGAACGCCCCAAGAUCGGAAACCACGGAAAAGGAACCUUUGCCGAUCGAUCGUAAACAGCUCUGCGAAGCCUUAAACGGCGGGGAAUGGACCGUGGAACGAGAUGAAGAUCUCACGGCGCCGUAUGCGUUUCAAAACAAAACGUGGAUCGCUUUUGAAGAUAAGAUUUCGGCCGGAAUAAAGGGAAAAUACGCGUUGUUACGGGAUCUGGCAGGAUUAGCGGUGCGAAAUAUAGAGAACGAUGUAGAAACUGAAUGCGAAGAGUCUCUCACACAAGAAAUUUCCCGUUCCUUCACAGAGUUUAAAAGAAAAUCGAGACAAGCCGUGCUCAAUGCACUGGAAGAUGAGCUUCAUCAAAUGCAAUUUUCAUAUCCAAACCAUGCGAAAACGUCCAACUUCCGUGUCGCUCGUAAAGUAGAUGCGGAGGGGCAUAUCAGAGCCGUACGCGAAAGCACACAGACCGAAUUCGUUUGCAGACGGCAAGGCUAUUUCGUUCACCCAAGAAGUUGCAACAGAUUUUAUCGCUGUGUGAAAUUCAAUCAAGCAGUAGAAGACUAUUCCGUGUUCGAAUUUGAUUGUCCAGCCGGACUGUCAUUUGAUGAACGCACGGAGGUUUGUGUUUGGCCAGGCUCAUUGCCUGAGGGUUCACCGUGUCCCGGGAGCAGUGAGAUUGCGCCUGUCGCUCCGAAGAGAUUCGAGUGUACUCAAUCCGGUUAUUACGCGGAUCCGCAAAAUUGCCGUUGGUUCUUCGCUUGCAUGGACUUAGGUGAAUCGGAAUUAAUGGCAUUCGAGUUCCGCUGUCCGUACGGUUUGGUAUUUGAUGAGAAGAAGAUGGUUUGCGAGUGGCCUUGGUUAGUUCCAGCUUGCUCUCAAUCUGGAUCUGGUUAUACCAGAACAGAAUACAACUACGGAGGAUACUCCGCAGGAGCUUCCACUGGAGGAGUUGGAGUUAAUGACUACGUCACCGGCGGUUUAUCGGACUACUCUGUCACGGCAGGAAGGGAUUACUCCAAUGUGGAUUCUUCUAGAACAACCAGUACCCAUGGUAUCCAUGGAACAGGCUAUUUUGGGUCUACCGCUGGAAAUAUUGGUACAUAUCCUGGUAUCUCAACUUUCGGCUCUGAUACAGUCUCGGGACCUGCAGGAAUAUAUAAUAGCAGUCCAGGCGGUUCCUAUUAUUCUAAAUCAACUGGAGACUAUGAAAGCGCGGUGUCUUCUGUUCCGACGUACAACAGAUCACCGGGUAUACAGGGUACUAAACCAAUCGUCGUGGGAGAAGGUAGCAUUGGAUAUUCUACACCAAGCAGCAAAAUUGGCGGUACUGCUCAUGAAUAUACUGGUCACGAUGGCACUGGAUAUUCCAUAUCAACUAGUGGAUUUGAUGCUGGAUUUGCAAAUAGGGGACCACUGGGAGGAGUUACUGCAGGCUUCUCUGGAUCUACGGGGAGAGAAUAUUCCCAAACUACUAGUGGAAGUCAUUUGACGGAGCAAGGUGCAACUUAUUCAAGAAGACCUAUAUCAGGCUAUCCUUUAGCAGCGGAAGAUUAUACAAGAAGUGAUAGUAGUACAAGUACUCCGAUAACAGAUACAAGUUAUUCGAGAACUCCAGGAAGCUAUGUCGGAUCAACAAAAUUACCUGGAUCAUCUAUCGGAGUUCAAAUAGAAUCUACUAGUCCUAAAUAUGUUGGAUCAACAAAUGUAUAUGCAGGUUCCAGCAAAUUUAAAGCUAAUAAUUACUCGCCUUCUACUGGCGUCUAUUCAGCAACAACUGGGCGUCAGCCAUCGUUUGGUGAAACCAUUCCGUCAUUCGGAACUGCAUCUUAUCCCAGUGUUAUCGGCAAUGUCGAAAUCACAGGCUCUAAUAACAGAGAAUAUACGGGAUCAACUGCAACUGUGUACGAAGGAUCGACUGGCGCAGAAUAUUCCAAAGCUACGGGCGGUAUCAGCACUACUGGCUCUGGUGAAAAUGAAAUCAAUUUGUCAACCAGUUCUGGGAUAGGAUCAAAUGUGUACGGCUCAACAAGUUCAGGUCGAGUCCCAGGAACUAAUUUUAUUAGUAGUUUUCCAAAAACCGGACUGGGAAUUUCUACAACCUCUGGAUAUGUGAGCGGUACUCCUGGACCAACAGGCGCUUUUUCAACAGGCUAUCAACAAAACAAUGAAGGAUACACAAUCCCUGUACAUAUACCACACCAAGAACCCUCAAUUUAUCCCUCAACUGGAACAACAAGAGCCGGAACGAUUGAUACAAGUGGAUACAAUUUAGGUGGUUACGAUGUAACUAAACUUGCAAGACCGUAUUUAAACGUCAGUAUUUCCGGCAAUGAAAUUUCUACCGAUUAUAAUGUUCAAAAUGGAUUUACGGGCGCGAUUCAAACUGGAGGUAGCAUAGAUGGAAGUAUUACUACCGGUGACUCUUUCUCUGGAACCGUAUUUAGUCAUGGAAAUAUUCCUGGAUCGGUGUCAACUCCUGCCAUUAACCAGGGUAAUGUACUAACCGGAGAAAUUCAACCUGGUUAUGUCACUACUUCUUCCGAAACUCCAGGAUAUGUAAUUAGCGACGGAAAAAAAACCGUGGACAUCGGAUCAGCCAGUCCAGGAACAUUAAUAUAUGGAACGCCGAGUCCUGCCAUUUCAAUAAACGGCCCUUCGACAGCCGGUAUUCUUUUGAAAGGUGAUUCUACACCAAACGCCAUAAUCUCUGGACAAACUGCUCCUGGAGUAUCUAUAGGUGGUUCCAUUCAAUCGGGUUCAACCAUCGAAAGCUCAACCCAUAAAUCAUACGAAUCAUCAACUUAUUACGGUGCCCCUGCAAGAGGUUCGAGUAGCACUUCAAGCGAAGGCUUAAUACCUACAGCUCCUCACGGUUACAGAACUGAUGAAGGACGCGGUACAUUUAUAAUCAACGCUGGUUACGAUACUAGCAAGUAUACAGACAUUCCGGAUUACAGACCAACCAGCGCUAUUGUUCCCGAUUCAAUUCAACUCUUUUCCGGAGGUAAAGUUGAAGGCUCUGAGGGUAAUACUCUUGGUUUUACUUCCGAAGGGUCAACUACUCCAAGAUAUUUCUCGAAUAAAUCGGCCGUUUUCACACCAAGCGGAUUUACAAAGACCGGUCCGACUAGGACAGGUAUAACCACCGCUAUUCUCGGAGGAGGCGGUAGCUACUCGAUAAGUACGAGUGAUCGUCGACCUACUUAUAGUCCCGAUAAUAUUAGCGAGAAGGCAUUUGAGGGAAACGUUGCUGGGUAUACUAAGACAUCGUCUAUUGACGGUUUGUCCGUCACUUUGACUCCACCCGGCUACUCAUUAACAGCUCCACCAGCUAGUCGUUUCACCAUACAGUCAGAUACUUCCGGCUACUCGUAUCCCGAACCAAACGUUCAAUUAGGAAUUAACGGAGCUACAUUCUCCUCAACGCCGAUUGCACCAAUCGGAAAUAAUGUACCAGUCACAACAUCGAAACCGUUCUACAGUCAUUUACCAACAUCAACGCUCAAGCCCAUAAUUUAUACCACUGAAAAUCCAGAGAUUUACAAAGCAACUCUUUUCGAAUCAAAUAAGACUCCGGUGUCGACUGUUAGACCUAUAAUUGAUCGAACGGGUAGUUCCCAUAUUGCAUCAGUAACUACGUCCAAUAUUGGUGUAGGGGUGCCUUUCCGACGAACCGAUUCAAGUGACCAGACAGUUCACGGCUUCUCAGUGGGAUACCUGCCAUCAAAAUCAACUGAGACUGGUGUGAUUGGAUCUACCACGAAAUACGACGAAUUUACAGUAACUGGACGACCAGAACUAGGGGUAACAUACAAGAAACCUUCAUCUACCCCAGACGUUAGAUACGGAGGUCCUUCCUCGUUCCAAGUACCUACUACGUUCAGACCCUCUAACGUUUAUUAUCCUGGCCAAGGAUUUUCGACUACUCCGUCUUCCCUAGGGACAACUCCCGGCGGCGGAUCUCCGACAAAUCUAGAUAUUUCAAGAGAUAAGAUUGAUAAGUUAAUUACAAACUACGAUAGAGGCACCAUCAAGUACACCCCAGCCGAAUAUGGUACGAGCUCAGAAUUUGACUCAAAUAAGAAAUUCACUUCGUCAUUAUCUUCCACGAAGUCAUCAUUUUCUGGGAAGAUCGGCAGUGGCUUUGUCACAACAUCUGGCAUCCGUCCUUCGUCAUUCGCGUACGAAGUUACCACAAAAUCGCCCGAAGGCAAGGUUAUCAUCAAAUGGAGCGAUCUUCAUCCACUUCUUUUAGGUAAACUUGGAGCAGAAUGUACAUGCAAAUCCGAUCCGUUUGCCAAUAUUCGCGGUCCAGGAAAAAAAUUGAUCGAAUCUUCCAAGGGUAAGGUGGAUUUGGCCAACUAUGACUCUUCUGAGAUUUACGUCGAUCUUGGCUCUUCUGUAGAAGACUAUUCUACCAAUAACGACAAUUUGCCAGCGCAACCUUUUAAGAUUAGUGCACCCAAAACAACGAGCUCUCUGCCGUCAUCCUCUUAUUUACCUGCGCUAGAUUCUAAAACAUCUUCGAGGACUAAUGAGUUCCGCACAGGUCGUCGAAUGGGCAAGAAACUAGAAUACCAAGAGGUAGAAGAAGAGGAAAACGAAAAAGAUGAAUAUUAUGAAGACGAUCCUGAUCAAAUAAUUAACGGUGCCACCGAUUGCGCUAGGCCAGGCCUCUUCAGACAUCCCAGUCUUUGUAAUAAGUUUUACGCUUGCCAUUGGGACCAAUGGAAGAAAAAAUUCACUCUUCACAUCUUCAAUUGUCCAAUUCACUUAACAUUUGACUCAAAUGCGGGCGCGUGCAAUUGGCCAAGCAAGGGACCUGCUUGCCAAGGCGGCAAUUUAUUAGUGUAAAUGCGUCGUUAGAUUUUUAUUAUCCGAUCGUCUUUUUUAUAUCCUCAUGGAUAUCCUCAUUCUUCUAAAAUUCUCUUGUACAUAAUAAAUAAAAAAAGUCGAGGUCUAAUUGUAUAUUUUCAAAUUACUUUUAGAUCGUUUAGUUCGGAAGAUUAAUUUGCUAUUGCACAAUGAAACGUUGUGAGUGUAGUGAUAUGUCAUUAAAUAACGAGCGAUUGUUGCUUUCAUGAGGAUUCGCCUCCCGGCCUUGGAUUUCUUUUGGGAUUUAUCUUGACACCCAGAUCCCAAACGUUUGCAUUGAAUAGCAUUGAUAAAUAUCUUCUUGAAAUGAAUCCCUUGGCGGAGAGAGGAGUUGUGGGAAGAUGAAGACUUGUUGAGACGUAAAAAGAAGGCCAAAUCCAAGGCAAUCAAGGCACUCCAAGAAAGCGUCGUCAGAGUGAAAGUAGUCCGUGCUCAUCGAUCCAAAACACGAAAAACCGAUGGAUAUCAAAAUGUAUAUAUAACUUCUACUUGUACAUUUUAAAUUUAUGUAAAACCUGUAAAAUUGAACGAGUCACUUGAAAAAAAUCCAUUAUUGGCAACAAUAAGCCUAAUAAUGAUAAUAAUACAUUAGCGGGAUAUUUCUCUCUGAUAAAAUUAACAAACAAGAAAUCAAACUUUUGGAACAGGAAUAAAUAACGCUUGUUCUACAUUCAAUUUUUAAAUAUUACUUAUUUUCAUAAAAAUUUUGUCGAAUUAGUUACAUGUUACAAGUGCUUCUGCUUAUGUGAAUAGCCCAUCACCUUUCGCCAUUUUGUCUGGCGUAACGAUAUCGAUAACGCGUGCUGCACGAUUGAUAUUCUUCCUGAUCGAGUUGGCGCUUUCCUUUCCGGGUGCCCAACUUCCUGACAUUCUUGAGAUAAUUGUUCAAACUAUACUUUAUUAUACAUUUACUACGUACACGCUUGCCUUGAUUUUCCAUUCCUGCCCUAUCUUACGUAUACUCGCAAAAUAUAAUUUAUUCGUUGCUUAUUAAGAAAAUGCGAUAAUGUCAUCGUCUACUCUUUCUACGGUUUUGACAGCGCUUUAAUUACCGUACUAUUUAUUGAGCGGUCAAUUGAAUACUGUUAUGAUCUUAAUAAAUAAUAAAUUGCGUGACCAAGA